GUGGGAACCCCAGGGAGAGAGCAAAGAGGGUGGCUGCAGGGUGCUGUGUCGCUGCGUGGGGGCCAGCCCCCGCCUUGCCCAGUGCCAGCCCUGGCUCCCGGGGGGGCUGGGGAGGGCUGGCACCCUGGAUGAGUGGAGGGGACCUGGCGUGGGUGACCACAGCUGUACGGGGCAGUGGCAGAGUGAGGGGGCUUCCUUGCAACUGGCUUCCCCAAAGAGGGGCUGAGUCCAUCCCCCUUGCUGUCCCCAGGCAAGGCCUGGCCUUGUCCCUGGCGCAGGGAGAGCUGUUCUUCUAAGCAACCAGACCUGGAGUCUUGCAACUCCCUGCCCUCAUCCCCCCAGUCCCCGCUCCAGCGCCAUCUCUCCCGCAGGCGUCUGAUCCCGGCUGCUAACUUCUCCCUGGGGAGAGCCCAGCUAAUCCAGGCAGCCACUUGUUGUUGUAAUCCUCUGUCGUCCUCGCCCUCCUUCCCCUCUCUGCCCGCUGAGCCCAAAGCCCUUCCCGGCAGCGGGACCUGUAGCUGGCUUAUUUCUGCUGCACUGCCUUGAAACAGCUGGCUCGUAUUAAAGCUUCAGCCUAGAGAUAGAAAAGAACGUGAGCAUCUCUCUGAGGCAGAGAGCAUUAAUGCAGUAGCCGGGAGGGGAGAAGCGCGGCUCUAGCCCAGGCUCAGCUGAAAGCCCAGCACCUCACGGGCACGGGCUGAGCUCUGCCGCCAGCCCAGAGCUGCAGUCCUGGGGAGGCCAAGGCAGAGGGAGGGGAUGGUGGCCCCCCCGGCCCGGCUGCGGGAUGCCGCCGUGGUGAGCCUUCUCCCCCCGUGAUGUUACCCACCGGAGCCGGCGCGGGAGCUGCUGGGGAGCUGCCGGUGCCCGGGAGCUGUGGGCUGGGCCCAGUGGGAUUUCAUCUUCCAUAAGGAGCUGUUUGCUGCCAGAGACGCAGACUCCAUGCACAACCUCUCUGCUCAGCCCUGGCAGGCGAAGAUGGCAAACCUGACCUACGACAACUUCACCCUGGGCAACCGCUCCGAGGUGACCAUCCAGCCUCCCACCAACUACAAGACAGUAGAGCUGGUUUUCAUCGCCACGGUCACCGGCUCGCUCAGCCUCGUCACUGUGGUGGGGAACAUCCUGGUGAUGCUGUCCAUCAAGGUGAACCGCCAGCUCCAGACUGUCAACAAUUACUUCCUCUUCAGCCUGGCCUGUGCGGACCUCAUCAUUGGAGUCUUCUCCAUGAACCUCUACACAGUCUACAUCAUCAAAGGCUACUGGCCUCUGGGGGCCGUGGUGUGUGACCUGUGGCUGGCCCUGGACUAUGUGGUGAGCAAUGCCUCUGUCAUGAACUUACUCAUUAUCAGCUUUGACCGGUACUUCUGUGUCACCAAGCCCCUGACAUACCCAGCCAGGAGGACCACCAAGAUGGCGGGGCUAAUGAUUGCGGCUGCAUGGAUAUUGUCCUUCAUUCUCUGGGCCCCUGCCAUCUUGUUCUGGCAGUUUAUUGUGGGCAAGAGGACAGUCCCUGAGAGGGAAUGCUACAUCCAGUUCCUCUCCAACCCAGCGGUGACCUUCGGCACAGCCAUUGCUGCUUUCUACCUGCCUGUGGUCAUCAUGACGGUGCUGUACAUCCACAUCUCCCUGGCCAGCAGGAGCAGGGUGAGGAGGCACAAGCCUGAAAGCAGGAAAGAGAGGAAAGGCAAGUCCCUCAGCUUCUUCAAGGGCCCGGUGAUCAAACAGAACAACAAUAACUCCCCCAAGAGGGCUGUGGAGGUGAAGGAGGAGGUGAGGAAUGGGAAGGUGGAUGACCAGCCUUCAGCACAGACAGAGGCCACUGGCCAUCAGGAGGAGAAGGAGACCUCCAAUGAGUCCAGCACAGUCAGCAUGACCCAGACCACAAAAGAUAAGCCCACAGCAGAAAUCUUGCCAGCAGGGCAAGGACAGAGCCCAGCCCACCCUCGGGUGAACCCAUCUUCUAAGUGGUCCAAGAUUAAGAUCGUCACCAAACAGACUGGGACCGAAUGCGUCACCGCCAUUGAGAUCGUCCCAGCUAAGGCAGGAGCCUCUGAGCACAACUCCCUGGCCAACAGCCGCCCAGCCAACGUUGCCAGGAAGUUUGCUAGCAUCGCCAGGAGCCAAGUACGGAAGAAGCGCCAGAUGGCAGCCCGGGAAAAGAAAGUCACCCGCACCAUAUUUGCUAUCCUGCUAGCCUUCAUACUCACAUGGACUCCAUACAACGUGAUGGUCCUCAUUAACACCUUCUGUGAGACCUGCGUACCUGAAACAGUAUGGUCCAUCGGCUACUGGCUCUGCUAUGUCAACAGCACCAUCAACCCAGCCUGCUAUGCCCUCUGCAAUGCCACUUUCAAGAAAACCUUCAAGCACCUUCUCAUGUGCCAGUACAGAAACAUUGGCACAGCCAGAUAAGCUGGCACUCAGGGACCACUUCAGCAAUGUUAUGGAAGCCCUUCCCUUUGCCUCCUUUGCCGGGGGCGGGGGGUGUCCUCUGCUCCCCACUCACAACAGUGCAGACUGUGCAGUGAUUGCAGAUGAUGCCCUUCAUCCAGUGCUGACAAAGGUCAAAGGCACCCCUGAGCUGCAGCCCCUUCAAGUCACCUCAGACGUGGGGACCAGCUUGGGGAGCCAGUGGGAAAGUUGGAGGCAAGAGGAGGAGAUGUGGUCACCAGGAGCCCUCCCCAGCUCCCUGCUCUUGAGAGGCUGGCCAAAUGGCAACAGCAUUUGUCCUAAGACUGGAUGCCUCUUCUCCCCCUGGCUGACCAUCUCCAGGGCAUCAGAGCUUGUCUGCAUGCAGACGGCCUAAUGCUGGAUGCUUUCAAUAGGCUUUUAAACCAUUUAUUACCCAAGAAAUGAAAAGAAACCAGGGCCAAAAAUUUGCCAGCCAACUUGGACCAGGUUGUCUUGGGCGUGCUCACUGGGAGUCCUGCUGGCCCAGCCAGGCAGUCAAGUUUGCACCCUAGCAGAUGUGGCAAGCUCCUUUCUUUCCCUUCAGAGACGCCAUCGUACAUCCUCACCCAGGGACUGGGGGGAUGAAUUUUUCCCUGGGCUUUGUCUCCGCUCUCCCCUUCAUGCCCUUUCUGCCCUUGGCCAGCAGUUGGCUGGACAGACAGACAGAUAAACCAAGCAUCUCACUCCUGUGUGAGGAGUGUGAAACCCAGUCACCUCCUACAAAGAUGGAAGCUAAAACUGCAAAGAAAAGCAGUGGUGUGGUGCAGGACUUCUCUCCAUGGCCCUGGGGAAAUGUGGCCCCUGAGAAGUGGGCAGCAACGACAGUGAAAAUAACUGUCCUCGGGAGGGACAGGGUGGGCUGGAGGGACUCAGAGGGGGUCGGGAAGAUGGUCUGCAAUGUGGCCAAGGUGCCCCAUGUCUCACCGGAGCCAUGAGCAGGUCCACGAUCUCCCCAUGGCAGGUGUGGGAGGCCUGGUGCACAGCUCUGGGGGCAGGAGAGGAUGGCAGUGGCCCCUAGCCCUGCUCCUGCCCUGGGUGCAGGGAGGUCCUGGGGAGGCCAAAGGAGCCAGCUGCUGAGCUUUGUAAAUGGAUGUAACCCUGUCGUCGGUGUUGUGGUGGAGCCCUCAGCAUGCGGGCUUCAGCCAGCAUCUCCAGCCCCCUCCCAGCCCACCUGUGUGCGCAGCCCAGACCACCCCAGGGCUGCUCCUCAGCUUCUCCCAAAGCUGGGUCUCCACAAGUCUUGUGGGCACGGCCGAGCGCAGCAGAGGGACGAGGGAUGGGAUGGGGCCAUGCUGGCACCGGCAAACUAUGCGUCUGUAUGUCCUUCCUGUCCCCACGCCGGGGCGAUGCUGUGCAACCUGGAGAAAGGGUCCCCAGGCGGGGACCUCCCCCCGCCACUGCCUUUAGGAUAAUUCACAUAGUGGUGCCCAAAUUGUCUGGUGGGCUUUUGUUUUGUUUUGUUUUUUUUUAAACUGUUACAACGACAGCCCAAUCCACCCCAAGACAAAUAAAGACCCCUGACCAGAAACCAACCCUGGCCACGGCGUGAGGAGUGAAUGAGUUGUCACCUCAUGGCAUCACGAGGUCACCUCAUCCCCAGGAGCACCUGGGG